CCACCGUUGUUACUUUUCCUCUCACUUACUUAUGUCACCCCUCAACUUUCGCUAUCUAAUUGCAUUUUUAUUUAUAACAAGAGUUUUGAGCUGUCUUCAGUCUCUUGUCUGUAUCACUAUUCUUUUAGGGAAGCCCUGAAAAUGGCGUCAAGAACAUCAAUAUCUCUGCUUCAUCUUCUUCUUCUUGGAGCUUUGGCUCUGUUGAGCAGUUUGGUGAUAGUGAAAGGAGAAAGCCCUUACAAGUUCUACACUUGGACUGUGACUUAUGGCAUUAUCUCUCCUCUUGGUGUUCCUCAACAGGUUAUUCUGAUCAAUGGUCAGUUUCCUGGUCCAAAGCUUGAUGUUGUGACUAAUGACAACAUCAUCCUCAACCUCAUCAACAAACUUGACCAACCUUUCCUCUUGACCUGGAAUGGAAUCAAGCAGAGGAAGAACUCAUGGCAAGAUGGUGUAUUGGGAACAAACUGUCCAAUCCAACCAAACUCAAACUUCACUUACAAGUUCCAAACCAAAGAUCAGAUCGGAACUUACAACUACUUUCCUUCCACCGCGUUUCACAAAGCCGCCGGUGGAUUCGGAGCCAUCAAUGUCUACGCAAGACCUGGAAUCCCGAUACCUUACCCUCUCCCCGUUGCAGAUUUCACUUUACUCAUUGGUGAUUGGUUUAAAACCAACCACAAAACGCUUCAGCAGCGUCUGGAUUCCGGUGGGACUCUUCCGUUUCCCGACGGACUUCUUAUUAAUGGACAAACCCAAACAACAAUUACAGGCGACCAAGGGAAGAGUUACAUGUUGAGAAUCUCCAAUGUUGGGUUAGCGAGCUCUUUCAAUUUCAGAAUCCAAGGACACACAAUGAGAGUAGUUGAAGUUGAAGGCUCUCACGUCAUUCAAAAUGAUUACGAGUCUCUUGAUGUUCAUGUUGGGCAGUCUUUAUCACUUCUCGUGACCUUAAACCAGACUGCUAAAGAUUACUACUUCGUUGCAAGCUCCCGGUUCCUAAAAUCCAAGCUCUCUGUUACGGGUCUGUUGCGUUAUUCCAACUCCCGCGUCCCAGCUUCUGGUGCUCUUCCCGCUCCUCCCCCUGGAGAGUUGGUUUGGUCCAUGAGACAAGCCAGAACAUUCAAGUGGAACUUAACAGCAAAUGCAGCUAGACCAAACCCUCAAGGAUCAUUCCACUACGGGAAAAUCAACACGACCAGGUCGUUCGUUUUCUCAAAUUCAGCACCUUUGAUCAACGGGAAGCAACGGUAUGCAGUAAACGGCGUCUCGUAUGUGAACUCAGAGACGCCUCUCAAGCUCGCUGACCACUUCGGCAUCGGCGGAGUUUUCAGCACGAAUGCCAUUCAGAGCGCCCCAUCUAGCUCUCCCGCAACUGUUGCAACAUCCGUUGUUCAGACCUCUCUCCAUGAUUUCCUCGAAAUCGUGUUUCAAAACAGUGAGGAGUCAAUGCAGUCUUGGCAUCUUGACGGUUAUGACUUCUGGGUGGUUGGAUUUGGCUCUGGACAAUGGACACCCGCAAAAAGACCACUUUACAAUCUUGCUGAUGCUCUUACCAGACACACGACUCAGGUGUACCCGAACUCGUGGACAGCAAUAUUGGUGUCGUUGGACAAUCAAGGGAUGUGGAAUAUGAGAUCGGCGAUAUGGGAAAGACAAUAUUCGGGGCAGCAGUUUUAUCUAAAAGUAUGGAAUCCAGAGCAGAGCCUUGCGAAUGAAUACAAUCCUCCUGAUAAUCUUCUUCUAUGUGGCAAAGCUAUCGGAAGACACCUUUAGAGAGUUCCUCUGUUCUUUAUUUGUUUGAGGUUUUGGGGGUUUCUUCUUUAUGGUCAUGAGAGUAUGGCUGUUACAUUUGAGGAGAGAAAAGUUUACGUCUUUGGUAGCCUACAUAAGCUUUUGCAGAGGUUUAAAAUAAUCUUUUGUACAAUUCUAUUCAAGUUGUUCUUUCUAAAUCAAAAUAUCUUUAUUUCUAUAAUCGCAAAGGUUAUUCUACAUAAUUUGUGUGUGUGUUGCAUUGCAAAGGAGUUUGAAAUAAGCAAUCCAAAUUUCCAACGAGGUCAUUCGCAAAAAUAUUAUUUAUUGUUCCGUUGAUAGAUCAUAAGCCGCCUAAGAGAAAAUACCCAAAAUACGGAGCUCUGAAAGUUGACUACUCCAGUUUCUUCCAAGUUUCUAGGAUCAUAAUUUUUGGGCGUGUGUGUGUGUUGCGUUGCAAAGAUAUGCGGCAUAUGCCUAUCGUUUUAUGAAGUCAAAAGCAAACAGCCAUCUUGGUUCACCAAUAACAUUGAACGGAUGUACUGGGAACAAUGGCACAUCAAUCUGAAUGUGCUUCUUCAGCCCACUAAAGCCCCUAUCGGAAAGUCCCACCACUCUAAACUGGUUAUGGAUCCUGU